AUGGUCCUCCUCGAACUCGUCUUCUGUGGCCUCAGCAUCUCGACUGAGCAGCUAGGUCACAUCCGGCACCCAAUGUCCGAUGUCAGAUUGACAGACACGAGCCUCGUCCUCUCGCGCGAUCUCGAGGAGUACGACAAGUGGCUCUUUGUCGGAGACGUGGAUUCAGCUGAGCUCCGCGUGCCGCCUGAGUUCAAAGAAUCGCUCUUCGAGGCGCUUCCGGAGUUCAUGGACAGCGACGAGCCCUUGACGUACAGCCAACGGGACACCGGCCUCGUGGAGAGCCACGACGAGCGCCUCAACUGGAGCCCAGCAAUCGUGCUCUGCCAGCUCGUCGAUGCGCUCCGGGAGAUUGGCUGUGAUCGAGUCCGGUUCACGACCUCGGAUCUCUUCCCGCACCACUUCAUCGAUCGGCCGCACGUCUCAGCCUUCGAUACAGCCCUGGCGCGGACGACUCCAAGUCUAGGCAGCCUCGGCCGCGGCGGCUUCGGAUGGUUGCAAAUCCCGCUGCCCGGUCGCGAAGACGGCAUCAGGGAGCUUCGUGUCUCGCACCGCCUCGUCACCGCACUGACAAAGACGGGAUACUACAUCGAUCCUCGGCGCUUUCCCUUCGACAUCGACGACAAGGGCAUCUUCAACGAGGCCAUCGGAAAGGCCAACUCCUGGAUGGCCAUGGCCGGCGAGAUCCCGCCUAGCAAGCUGUACGGAGCAGAGCUGCAGCUCUCGGUGCAAGCCCAAACGGUGCAACAGGCGCGUAGCGCAGUCAGGGCGUCGGGCUUGCUGAACUGGCAGGGCCUCCUCGAAGGCCGCCUCACCGGCUGUCCCCUCGACAUCCGCACGCUGGAUCGAAGCAAAUACCUGCAAUACGUCGAUCACACCAUCGCCUCAGCCCGUAACGACGUCGAGGCUCUGAAUCGCAACUUUGAUCCAGAGCAGGCCGAUCGCCUCGUCGAGCGACUCUGGCACGACCUCGGAUACGACGACCCCCACUCUCACCCUCCCGACAGCAGCGAGUACGCCGAUUGA